CACUGGUGUGGAAAAGAUGGCUGCUUCGGCGGCAACGGCGAGUUCUCCCCCCGGUUUGUGUCCAAAUUACGCCGUGGUUUGCUCGUUCCUGGAGCGAUACGGAGCCCUGUUGGACUUGCCGGAGCUCAGCUUCCCUCAGCUGGAAAGAUACCUGCAGGACACAUCCUCAGUUCCAAAGCUGCUGGUUGAUCUCCACGUCAAGUUGCUGAGGAAGAUUGGGAAGUCGGUUUCUGCAGACAGAUGGGAGAAAUACCUCGUCAAGAUAUGCCAGGAGUUCAACACAACCUGGGCGUGGGAACUGGAGCAGAACGGAUACAAGGAGCUGUCCAUGGAGUGCAAGACGGACAUCCUGAAGUAUUUAUGCGAGAUCCAGUUUGACGAGAACGUGAAGUUCAAAACCGCCAUCAACGAUGAAGAUCCAGACAAAAUGCGGCUGCAGCCGAUUGGCCGGGACAAGGACGGGCAGAUGUACUGGUUCCAGCUGGACCAGGACGACAACGUGCGGGUUUACGUGGAGGAGCAGGACGACCUGGACGGCGCGUCGUGGAAAUGCAUCGUCAGAACCAGAAAUGACCUGGCUGAAGUUGUCGCUCUCCUAAAGACACAAAUCGACCCCGAGCUGCUGAAGAGAGACCUGGAACUGAAAAGUAAAACAGAGGGGGAGACGGACAAAGACAAAGGCGACACAAAAGGGACUGACGAUACGUCGGAUGAAGACCUGAAAGACAAAAAUGAAGGGACAGAAAACUCGGAGGUGAAACCAGAAGCCAAACUGUCACUAAACGGCGUCAUCGAAGCUAAACUGGAGCCAGAAGUUGUUUCAGAAACCGUCAGCGCGAAGGCUCAAAGCAUCAAAGAAGAGCCGAUGGAGGCGGCGGACUCCAAACUGCUUCCGACCGACCCGACGCCGCCCUGCGCCGCCAUAAAGGGAGAGGAGGUGAAGAAGAGCGGAUCGGAGGAGAUCCAGCAAACCCUAAAAAAUGACCAGCAGGCCAAAAUCCCACUGAAGAAACGGGGAAUGAAGUUCAGCGAGGACUUUGGGGAGAAAAACGGCACCAUCACGGCACAAAAUCCGUCUGUUCCUGAGUCAAAUCCGGAGCAGAAAGUCCAGAGAAUAAACGAUCAGGUGAACGGCGAAGUUCUGCCUCCAGUGGACGGAGAACCCGAGAAACAGAGGAGUAAAGACAAACCCACAGAAAACCUUCCUGCUGGCGGCAAUAAAUCACUCCGGGACGACUCGACAAGAACGGAAGAGAAGAAAACAAAAAACAGAGAAACAUACAAACCUCCCCAAGAAUCAACGCUGGCGUGUGAAGAUGGGGACAAAUCAUCCAAUCAGGAAGAGGAGGAGAAAAUGGACAAAUCCGAACCAGCAGAGGUCAACGUGAGAGAAACAGAUGAAGCAAAUCCUGAUCUUACAUCUGCAAAGUCGGAGGGAAAGUCAUCCUGCGUGAAAACGGACGCAUCCGAGUCGAAAAAAGAGUUGAGUGGUGGCGAGUCGGAUUCAUCUGAAGCGAAAGACAUGAAGGAAAGCAUCAAAACUAAAGAUGUGGAUCUUGCAGAGGAAGUUUCUGCAGAGAAAGAUCUGGCAAAAGAUCCUGUAGAGAAAGAUCAGACGAUAAAAGAUCCUGUAGAGAAAGAUCAGACGAUAAAAGAUCCUGUAGAGAAAGAUCAGACGAUAAAAGAUCCUCUAGAGAAAGAUCAGACGAUAAAAGAUCCUCUAGAGAAAGAUCAGACGAUAAAAGAUCCCGUAGAGAAAGAUCAGACGAUAAAAGAUCCCGUAGAGAAAGAUCAGACGAUAAAAGAUCCCGUAGAGAAAGAUCAGACGAUAAAAGAUCCUCUAGAGAAAGAUCAGACGAUAAAAGAUCCUGUAGAGAAAGAUCAGACGAUAAAAGAUCUGUCAGAAAAAGUUCUGGUGACAAAAGUUUCUGCAGAGAAGGAUCCUACAGAGAAAGACUCUGCAACGAAAGAUUCAAUGGAAAAAGAUCCUGUGGCAAAAGAUCCAACAAUAAAGGAGCUAACGACAAAGGAUCCGCCAAAGAAAGAUACAAUGACAAAUGAUCCUGUAGAGAAACAUCAGACAAAAAACUUCUCUGCAGAGAAAGAUCCUGUGGCGAACAAUCCGUUGAUAAAAGAUUCAAUGGCAAAACAUCCUGCAGAGAAAGUUUCUGCAGAAAAAGAUGCUGUAGAGGAAGAUUUGACAAAAGUUUCUGCAGAGAAAGAUCCUACAAAGAAAGAUUUGACGACAAAAGAUUCUGUAGAAACGGAUCAGACAAAAAUUGUCUCUGCAGAAAAAGAUUCUGUUGAGAAAGAUCUGGUGACAAAAGUUCCAGUGGAGAAAGAUCCUGCAGAGAAGGACUCGACAAAAAAUGUUGUGUCAAAAGAUCCAACAAUAAAAGAUUUAAUGGCAAAAAAUCCUGUAGAGAUGGAGUCUGCAAAGAAGAAUCAGACGACAAAAAAUUCUGCAGAAAAGGGCCUUGUGGCGAAAGAUUUGACAAAUGAUCCAACAAUAAAAGAUCAUGCAGAGAGAGAUUCAACAAAAAAAGAUUCUGUAGAAACGGAGUCUGCAACGAAGGAUGUGCUGAAAAAAGUUUCUGCGGAGAAAGAGCCUGCAGAGAAGGAUCCUGUGGCUAAAGAUGCAAUGAAAACAGAUCCUGUAGCGAAAGAUCUGUCGGAGAAGGAUUCAACAAUAGAAGAUCCUACGGUAAAGGAUCCUUCAGAUGAAGAUCCUGCGCAGAAAUCUGCUGAACCUAAAGCUACAGUAAUUCAGUGUGCGGAUGCAAAAACAGACAAACCAAUAAUCACUGACAUAUCAGGAGAGAGAACAGAAGCACCUCAUGUAAACAGGGGCAAAUCAGAGUCAUGUGCAACCAGCAGGAAGAGCGACGACGUCGAAGAGGUGAGUUCAGAAAAUCAGCAGGACGUAAAGAAAGAUUCAAACUGCAAAGAUGGUACGAUAUGCGACUCCAGGCCGACAGGAGAAGAAUCGGGUGAUGAAAACAAUCGGACGAAGAUGCAAACCGACGAGAAAAACUCCGAACAGAAACCCUGCAAACAGACAGAUAAACCAUCCAGUCCUGCCGAGAAGAAAAAAUCCCCCAAAGAAACAGAAUCUAAACGAAAAGAGGAGAAAGUGUCGUUGACAGCCAAGGACCCACCAUCAGAAAAUAAGAAAGAAAUUUCACCUGACAAAGGAAAGGAAGAGGACUCCCAAAAAAGUGAAAUAACGGAUGAAGAAGCUCAGAAGCAAAACAAAACUGAGUCGAGUCCAACAAAUUCAAGCAAAGAAUCCGAGUCGUCAAAAGAAACGGAGGAAAAACAAACCAAAGGAGCAGCCGGCGACGCGCCUGCAGACUGCGGCAGGAAACCAGAACAGGUGCGGAACGGCGACGGAGGCUCUCCGCCACAAGGGGGCGCACGCCGACGAAACAAGCCACCGGCGCUCAGGAGGAGAGCCGAGCUGCAGAGGGAGGAUCGCCACGGCGACUCGGAGUCGGACACGAACACGGGGCGGUGUCUGAGGCGGUCGCCGAGGAUCUCCAGGCCAACGCAGAAGGCUGUGGAGGUUCAGGAGAAGAAGAUGGAGAAACCCCCGCCCACUCGUCUUCCUCAGGACCGUGACGAAGACCAAGACAAGAAAGAAGAAGAGGAGGAAGAGGAAAAAGCGGAUGUGAAGACUGUUCAAAAGAAACCCAAAGAGAAAAAGGCUGAUCAGGAGGGCCAGCCAAAACCCAAAGGGAGAAAAAGACGGAGAACUCGGUGGUCCAACACUCGAACGCGCAGGAAAAGGAAAAACUCCGACGAGGAGGACGAGAACAGCGAGGAGUCAUCGAGCGAAGAGGAGGAGAGCGAGGAGGAGGACGACAGCGACGAAGACUACAAGGUCGAGCGAAACCGGAAGAGGAGGAACCGGAACCGGGAGAGGCGGAGCUCGGACUCUUCCACGUCUUCCGACGACGAUCUACCUCCAAACGACGACCCCUGCAAACACUGUGGUCUUCCAAAUCACCCUGAGCUGAUCUUGCUGUGCGACUCGUGUGACAGCGGCUACCACACCGCCUGCCUGCGGCCGCCUCUCAUGGUCAUCCCGGACGGAGAAUGGUUCUGCCCGCCCUGUCAGCACAAGCAGCUCUGUGACAAACUGGAGGAGCAGCUGCAGAACCUCGACGCCUCAUUGAAGAAGAAGGAGCGGGCCGAGAGGAGGAAGGAACGGCUGAUUUAUGUGGGGAUCAGCGUUGAGAACAUCAUCACGCCUUCUGUGGAGGUGGAGCAAGAAAAACCUGAGAUCGUCAUCAAGGAGAAGAAAGAAGCAAAGCGGAGUAAGAGCUGGGGCCGCAGAUCGACGAGGGCCAAGAAAACCAUCAGCUACAGAUUUGAUGAAUUUGACGAAGCAAUCGAGGAGGCCAUUGAGGAAGACAUCAAAGAAGCAGAAGGCGGAGGAGCCGGUCGGGGUAAGGACAUGGCCAACAUCACGGGCCACAGAGGCAAGGACAUCUCCACCAUCCUGCAGGCGGAGGAAGGGAAGGAGAACGGCCGACCGCCGCGACCCAACGCCGCCCAGCGCAGGAAGAAGCGCCGGCGACUCAACGACCUGGACAGCGACAGCACCGUGGACGAAGAGGAGAGCGAGGAAGAGUUUCGCCUCAGUGAAAGCUCGGAGGAAGAGUUUGUCGUGUCCGACAACGAGACGGAGGCGGAAACGGAGGCGGAGUCGAACGGCAGCGACCGCGGCGGGCGGCGCCACGCGUCGUCGUGGAGCAGGAGGCCGCAGAAACGCAGGCAGAGCUCCAGGAAGAGGAGGAGACCCAAGUGGUACUCGGACGAUGAAGAGGAGGAGACGGAUGAUGAAGUGGAGGAGGACGACAUUGAGACGGAACGGUCGAGUGACUACAGCGACAGCGACCUGGACAUGAGUCGGCGGCGGUCCCGGCGGAGCCACAAGAAGGAGGUGAACUACUGCGAGACGUCGGGGUCCGAAGGCUCUCAGGCCGGAACCAACCGGGCCAAGAUGAAACCCAGGCGGUGCCAGGAGAGCUCCGACAGCGACGCGAGUUUCUCCAGAGACUCUGAAGACGAGUCGAAGGACCUGAAGGUGAAGCGAAGAGUCGAUUCCUCAGAAGAAGACUCCCGGCGCAGGCGGCUGGCGCUGAAACGCAGGCGAGCGUCUCGAGACUCGGACUCGGACUCGGACUCUGACUCAGACGACUCUUCAGAGGAGGAUCGGCCCAUACGAAAGCGGGUGAACCGCAUCGACUCGGAUGACGACGAGGAGGAGGAGGAGCAACAGCAGGAGGAAAAGCCGAAGGAGACGAAGGUGGAGGAGGAAGAGAAGGAAGAUUCAAAGGGAACAAACUCGUUGGACCGCCGCCCGGCGGAGAAGCAGCCUGCAAACGGACAGAGCGAGACGAAGAACUUGGACGGCGUCGCCGCUCCACACCUGGAGACGCCUAAAACUGUGAGUUCCACACCGGCCGCCGCCCCGAACGGACUGGCAGGACAGGAAAUGGCGGCGCAAGACGAGGACGAGGACGACCUGUUAGGAGUCACAGACUUGGUGGAUUACGUCUGCAAUAAUGAACAAUUGUAAAAAGACAACAGAAAUGGUGUACCGUUUAUUAUUUUUAUUAUUUUUUUGUGGUAUUGUAUUUUUAUAUUGCUUAACUUUAUUAUUCCCUCCCCCUUCCACCAGUUGUUGUCGUUUUUAUUUCGACAUGGAGCUUCUUUCUCGACGCCAACACAUCAUCAGAUCCUCCACUGCCAAACCUGUCGUCGGUUUUCCUCCCAGCUGGUUUUCUCUUUUUGUAGAUUUUUUUAUCUGUUGAAGCACUAACAUACAUUUACAAAAUCUGGCACUGAAACGGUUUGUAUUUUGAACAGUUGGUUACUGUUGGAUUGCUUGUCUGACUUAAAGUAUCAUUCCUUACCAAAGUUGCACCGAUUGCAGCUUUCCGGCUGAUUGACGAUCUUUGGGGGGGGAUUUGUAAAUUAAAAUGUGUUCAAAAUAUCUUAAAGGAAGAAAUUUUAUUCAAAUAAAUAAACCCAGUUGAAAUUUUUUAGCGCCCAAAAAUAAAUGUUUUUUUGUACAGUGGAGUUUUGAUUUCUUGGCUUUGUCCUGUUUUUAGCUUCUCUGUAAAUGACAUAUUGAAUAAGCUAACCCUUAAAACAGCUGGAUGAUUCCGGCCAGCAUCUGGAAAUCUGUUCUCCUUUCCCACCAUCCGUUUUCCAUCCGCCUCGUGUUCAAGGUGCGAAUGCAUCCGAGUGACCAACCCGUUUUUUUUUUUUUUCACCCCUCCCUCCUUUUUGAACUUUUGUAUUUGAGUGAUAGUGUAGAUUUUUGUAUAUUGUAUACAUUGUGUAAUUAUUUGAAUUCUGUGUAUUGCCAUCAGCACCAGUGGUGAGCUCUCCGUUAUUGAGAAUUGUUUUGAGGAAAUGAAAGUUAAACUAUUGUCCCUCCUAAUCCUCAGAUCUCGCAGUGUCUUCAUAUUUCAUUUAUUUUGUUUUUUGUAUUUUUUGUAUAUCUAAACCAUUAUUUUGAGUAAAAAUGUAAAGUGUCUUACUUUUAUGUACAUUGUCCCUCAUUGCAUGUUUAAAAUCAUGCAGCUCCAUCGUAACAUUGUUUUCCUCGCUCUUCUUCCCCAGAUCUUCCAGCACUUCUUUUUUCGUAAUCUUGAACCCGAGUCGGGUUUUCUGGAUUUAUCCCCAAAGGUUCAAAAUUAUGAGAAGUCUGUGUAAUGAGCAGCUUGGAAGUAAAACUGAGACGUUUUUCACAGGAGGAAUGGACGCAAAAAAUUCAAACCAAUGACUAUACUGACCUCUGCUGGAACCAGUCUGUGUGUAUAUGUGUAGUUUUUGCUGUAAUAUAUUUAGAGGCAUUUUGUAAUCAUGGAAAAGGAAAUAUAUUGGGCAAUUCUAUGGGAUUGCAUGGGUUUCUAUUAGGUUUUUUUUGUAGGGAAGUAACAUUGGCACAACAGGUUUUAUAGCAAAAUCAAAAAAAUCUGGGCAUGUUUUACAGAUGUGUGUCUCCUGACCUGUUUUGUUGGUGCUGAGGACGUUGUGUCAUAGGCAGGCGCUGACCAAGUGAAGGAAUGGGAUGACCUGAUUUGAGAGAGAAUAUUGUAAAAAAAAAAAAAAAAAAAAAAAAUUUGUAAAUUUUUCUGGAGCGCCGUCUCCAGGGAUAAGUUGCUCUAUUGACCGGAAACACGACUUCCAAGAAGAAACAAAACUCUACGAGCUGCUUACAGUGAACACAAAUGUUACCACAUCCAGUCUUCAGCUGGACAGAAUUUAGCGAACCCAAAUAUAGAAGUUAUAAUAAUAAAAUGUGUUCUGGUGGGCUGAGCUGAGAAAUGUGUUGAUGCGUGUUGCAUAGAAGCAAAAUGAGAGCGCUCAGUGAAAAAGACCAGUGCCAACGACUGAAGUGUUAACUGUUUCCUUUUUACCUCAUGAUGAAGCUGGAAAGAAAGAAACUGUCCACUGUGCAUAGUUCCUAGUAGACGGAUUGUGUUUUGUCUGCUAUAUACUUUUGUUUGUUUACUGCUAUUUCUUAUGGAUCGGCUCUUGUACAUUUCUUAUAAUAAACUGGGUUUUAAGCCAUA